CAAUUUAAGUAAAUGUCACAGUAUACGUCAAUCGGUUGUUAGAUGUUUAUUUUUGCAGACACAGAAAAAUCUUUUAAAAAUUCUAAUGGCUUUCGAGUUUAUACAUAACAAAUUAAACUGGUUGUAUAUAAAUCAUAAAUAAUAUACAAAAAUGUCGGUGGAAAUAGUUGAAAGUGCGACCCAUAUUGCGAGUGACGUCGACGAUUCAAGAAGUUUUGUUAAUUCGGUUGUGUCUUGCGAUUCAGGGAUAGAUAAUGUCGAUGUGGAGUCCACAGUGUGUCCCGACUCAACUAAUUUUAAUUUAUCCCCGUUAAAAUCUGGUGAAAGUGUGUCAGAUUUCGUAGAAGGCAAUGGAGUCCUUUCCACUGAAAACGAAGUUAGCUCCGAGCUGUCAUCCCCCACAUCCUUGUCUUCUGACGAUAAAGACAACCAAAAUGUAUUUGACCAGAUAGAAACCGAAAAUUGUGUUGGUUUAAAUGACGAACAAGCAAAUGUUGAUAAAAAUAAAUUCAAUCCAAAUCUGUACAUUGACAGCAACUUAGCAACUUCCACCAUCAGCCUUGAUUGUCCCAAUGGAAUAGAGAAGAUCAGUCUCUCAAACCAUAGCCGCAGUGCUGAAAACAUAUCUUCAACUGACGAAACAAACGCCAUUACCAAAGAGAUUGAAACAGAGAAGAUUUUAAAUGAAUUUUCCCACCAAAAAAGCAAAGUUACAGCCACACAAAGAGUACCUGAGAACACGCUUACAUUAGAUGCCAAAUAUGCGAGACUGCCGAAAGAAAUUCUGUCCCAAGAUAUAGGUAGUAUCGUCAAAAAUGUGCAUGGCAUAUUCUCAUCUGUUAGCGGCAGUUUAAAGAAUGCUUACACAAAUAGCCACAGAGCAAAUCCAAAACCUCAAAUAAAACUAGUGAAGCCGAUCAGCAAUGGGAACAUUAUUAACGAUAUAUUCGAAGAUGUACCCGAAGUUAUGCCGAGUAACAUCGACAAAGUCAACACAUCAGUUAACGAUAAUACUUUAGACGGCAAACCAGUACACAACGGUGACGACGCGAAGAGUGAAAUGCUGAAGUUGCAGAUAGAGUCGCUGGAGAGAGUGUUGUUUGAACAGAGGAAAGAAAAUAGCUCGUUACGAGUACGGGUCAAACAACAAGUUGACGAGCUUCAAGCUAAGGAUCAGACAUUCAGGGAAUUGGAAGUGAAAGUCGAUAUGAUGUGCAAACGUCUGGAACAGGCCCAAAGGGAGAAAGAUGCAGCAGUGAUGAGAUAUGCCAGCACCGAAUGUGCUGUUAUCGAGGCUAAGAAGGCCGCUGAGACUGCUGCAAAAGCUGAAAAAGCUGCCAUCGCUGAGAUGGAACUCCUAAAUGCUAAGCUGAAGACGGCCAGAGAAGAGAAGCAGAGGAUCUGUCAACUAUAUGAUGAUAAGUGCCAUGAGUUGCAGAACAGCGAGCGGGAGGUGACCCAGGUCAAGGAGGAGCUAAAAGAAGUGGAGGGUAGACUGAAGUGGACCCAGAGUAAACUCAGAGUCGAGAUGGACGCUUAUAAGGAUAGCACGGAGCGUGUAGAGAAACUGAACCAGCAGUUGAUCGAACUCGAAGCUUCCAAGGAAACCGCGGUGGCUAACGCUAGCGACGUGGCAAAAGUUAAGCAGUUAGAAUCCGAUCUCAAGGAGAGCCAGGCCGCCUUGAUACUCUGUCGCCAUGAGAGCCAGGAGCUGGAGAAGCGGGCGACGUCACUCGCCCAACAGCUGGACACCUGCAAGAAAGAGAGGGAUGACGUCAGAGCCGCUCUCGUCACAGCUGAAGCACAGGUGUCGUCUCUAAAGGAGAGUAACAUUCGCUUAGAGCUGGAGGCGGCUGAGCUCGCGUCGUUGAGAGCGAGAGCUGCACUCGCUGAUACACUGGCUGGACAGCUGGAGCGUGAGACAGCCCGCGCCAGUUCCGCCGAGGAGUCGUUGAGUGUGGAGCGCGCGAGGGCCGACACCUGCGCCAGGAGGGAGGCGGCCGCCCUGCAACACGCGGCCACGCUCACCGCGGACCACGUGGCGCAGAGGGCUAGACUGGCCGACCAACACGCAGCUGUGCAAGCGCUCACAGCUGAUAAUAACUCCCUCCGCGAGAGGAUCCUCUCCCUCACUGAGGAGCUGAAGACUGUGGUGGAGGAACGCGCCAGAGAGAAUCGCGCCUUAGCGAGGAAGAUCGCGGAAUUAUCAGAGGAAUUGAAUGACGUCACCAAGAAAUUGGAGUGGGAGAAGGGAGAGAAUAAUAUACUGAAGAAAAAACACUCGAGCGCGAUCAAGGAGAUGAAUCGCGAACUCCAGAGGGCUUUGAAACGAAUUGAACAACUGGAGGCUAAAAUACCGGCGGACACAACAUCAACAAGGACGGAAUCGGUUUCAUCGUUAAGCAGUAGCGAGAGUCCCGAGGAGAGAGCGAACACACAGACAGACACGCUACCAGACGUCCAGAUAAAGCGUGCUAAUGUACUAGAUCACUUGUUCCUGAAGGCUCGCGAACCCGACCGUCAGGCAUUAGUGGAGCGUAUAGUGUCCCUCCAGCGAGCGGCGGCCGCGAGGGCGGAGCGCUGCGAGUUCCUACAGGAGCACUGCGCCCAGCUGACCAGGGAGCUCCGGGGCAAGGGGCGGAUACUGCGGGCGCUGCUGCCGACACUACCCUCCGCCGCGCUAACAUCGGACACCGCCGAUAACCAUAAGAAAGAGAUAGCGCGCAUCGGCGGGGGCGUCAUGGCGGCGGUGUGGGGGGGCGACCCGGGGGGGAUGACCCUCGAGCUGUCCCUGGAGAUGAACAGGCGGCUCCAGGCGGUGCUGGAGGACACGCUGCUGAAAAACAUCACACUGAAGGAGAACAUGGACACGCUCGGAGAGGAGAUAUCGAGAUUGAGGGGGCAGACGAAGUGCAGUGACGCGAAAUAGGACUUAUAUAACAUGUACAUAUACAGACAGACACACGUAUAUACAGAUAUAUAUAUUAUGUACCAAUUUGUGUGAAUGAGAUAACAUUACGAAAUAGACAUAUGAUUUGAUGGGGAGACCGGGGUGAGGUGGGAUAACAUGACAAUGAUUGGAAAUUGGAAAAGCACUUCCACUUGUGCUUAUACCCGCUGACUCGUAUCCAUUCUAAAGUCGAACAAAUUUAUAAGUACACCUAACAAGGACACGGGCCCUUGGAAACCGCCCCCCACUUAUCAGUUAAUUAGGGAGUGAGAUACAAGUUAGCUUAUGUCCACUUUCAGGGUUACAUCUAUCUCUGUGCCAAAAUUCGUCAAAAUCGGUUCAGCGGUUCAGGCGUGGAAACUUAGCAUACAGACAGACAUUACAUCCGCAUUUAUAAUACAAGUAGGGAAACUUAUCUGAGAAGAAACAUGGCAGCACUACUAACGUCUUCCUGCACAUCUCUCCCCGGCCUGCCCCGAGCUCUCUUUGCCCCGGCCUCCCCUACACAAGACACCAGCCUCGAAGCUUAGAGAGCAACAGAACUGUAAUUUUACGAAUGUUUAAAGAAUACUUAUAUACAAAAUACAAGCCUUUUUUUUCUUUUUCGGGCUAUUUAAAGAAAAAAUUCUCGAAAUAUAUAUAUAUGGCUUAUGAAAUUUAACCUAGAGAAAGUAUUAUUGAAUAUUCCAUAUUACUAAGAAAAUUUAAAAUCUUCCAAAAACACAUAUAAUCAUUUAUUUAUACAUAUAUUUUUCAUAUAUAUACAUAUAAUUUACGUUGUAAAUAAUAUUAAACAAAAUGUUGACAGUGUUGCCAUAAAAAAUAUAUAUAUAAAUUUUUAGACAACCUUACCUCAUGUAGUAAGUACUGUUAUCAUUUUUUUUUUCUUGUAUAUAUUUUAAUUUUAAGCUGAUGGAGUCGUGUAAGAUUUUAUUUUUGGUUAUGUAAAAUUAUAAUUGUCUCAGAGGAGAAUUGAAAAAUAGAAUUUUUUUUUUUGGUAUCAAAAAAUAUGUCACAAAUUAUUUAUCUGUUUAAGUUAUUUGGUUCAUAAUCAUUUUAAAAUAAUUGUUUUUAGCAAAAAAUUUCUCAUGAUGUAAGUUUUUUAGUUUCCCUUGUAUUUCCGGUGUUUAGUUUGCGGACAUCCGGCUGUAAAAUGUUUAUUUAUUGAUGAUGUUGGAACAUAAUCCGCUGUAAGAUAAUAACAGAAUAUAUUUUCAAACAGAAAA